AUACACGCCCAACCCAAUCAUCGUCGCGGACGAGUAUGUCUUCCAGCAUCGCAACGUCUGUCGCUAUGACAGCUACAGCGUUGCUCGCCCUCACCACACCAUUUGUGCCACCGUCAGACUGCGAAACCCAAUGGAAAACCACAAGCGGACCCUUGACUACGGUCAGCGGUACCACUGUAAUGAUUCCUGUUAUGAUUAACGACCCUGCUGCAUCAUGCUACCCAUCCGGGUGGGACAACGUUACGCCGGAGAGUCGGCUCAGCUUCAAACCAGGCGUGUGUCCCGAUGGGUGGACGUACAACCGAAUGGCUGAGGCUGGCUCUCCAGAAGCUUCAACAGCCUACUGUUGCAACAGUGGCUACCACUACAAUUCGUUCUCAGGAUACCCUUUUAUCACAUCAGUAAUUCCGAAUCAAUGUGGACGGAUGGUUGUGAACACUGGAGCCGACUUUAAGGCUUCAGACACGAAAAUUAGCCAAACUCUUCUAGUGCAUGAGGCAUGGGCUAUAACUUGGGCGGCAUCCGAUACGGCGACACUUACGCCGAAGCUACCGACGUUAACUAACUCCAUGGAAAUACCGACGUGGAUACCUGGUCAAAUAAUUCGCGACGGUGAAUACGAUCCUUCCCCUACGCCUACGAGGCGCCCAGAUCAUGGGCCAUACAUGGGCGAGGGUGCUCUUUAUUUUUUGAUGAUUGGAAUGCCUAUUAUAGGAGCUAUCAUGAUCGGUUCAUGUGUAUGGUGUUGCGUGCGGAAAUGCAAGAAGAACAGACAGCAGAAGAGAGCUACUAAAGCUGUAUUAGGGGGCCUAUCUACAGUACCGUCGAGAUAAAUGUUUAGCUUUAGUGUAGAUAAAGUGUAACAACUUGUGCACCUUGCCAUACCCUAGG